AUGGAACCAUCAACGAGUGAUGCAACACGAAAACGUAACCCCAUUAUACGAGCCAUUGUUUGGCACUAUAGCAACACGAAAUGUACCAUCAAACCAGCACAAUACGAGAAGGAAAAGUACCUAAUUUCAACAAUUAAAUUCAAUCCUUGGCUGUUGAUGCCAGCCGCAAUAAUCGUUCAAUUUUGUUGUGGCUCAUUGUAUGCGUGGAGUGUUUUCAAUGCUCCGAUUGACGAAGCAAUUUUAGGCAACAGUAAAGUGUCCCAAGCACCAGUUACAUUUUACUUUGCUGUUGGUAUGCUCGGCGUUUCUUCUCUCGUUGUGGGGCCGUAUUUAGAUAGAAAUGGACCGAGGAAAACUAUAAUGGUUGCGUCGAGUUUAUUCUUUAUCGGAAACAUCCUGUCCGCAAUUGCGAUUUACUUGAAAUAUAUUUGGCUGUUGUACCUUGGAUACGGGGUGAUUGCGGGCUUCAGCAUUGGAUGCAGUUUUAUGGCGCCUGUUUCAACACUGCAGAAGUGGUUCCCCCACAAGCGAGGAUUAGCAGGUGGAUUUGCUGUAUGUGGAUUCGGAGCAGGUUCGAUUGUAAUCGGCAAAGUGAUUUUACCUUUGAUUCACACAGUCGGAUUGCCACUCACGUUUAUAGUUCUUGGAUUCUGCUAUUUUAUUAUGAUGAUGAUUUCGGCGUUUUUCUUCCGUUUCCCGCCUCCAAAUUACACGGGUAUUGAAACAUCAUACACAGAGCCGAAGGUUACAGCACCACUGAUGCCUGUAAAUCCAGAGAUAAAGCUAACGCUCAAAGAGUCCAUCAACUCUAUAGACUUCUGGUUCCUCUCCGCUAUCUACUUCACGAGCUGUCUAUUCGGUCUUCUGAUUAUUUCCCGCCUGGCAGAUAUCGUUACUAAACUGUAUUUACGCGAGCCAAAUGAAGCUUCCACAAUCGUAUCCAUUAACGGUGCAUUGAAUUUAAUCGGUCGCCUAUUUUUCUCGACACUUUCGGAUAAAAUUGGAAGAAAAACGAGCUGUCUCAUUAUGCUGAUGACACAGACAACUAUCAUUGCGACUUUCCCGCUUAUCAUGGAAAAUCGAAACUAUUUGGUGUUCCUCGGUUGCAUGUUCGUCAUAUCAAUGUGUUAUGGUGGUGGCGUCGGGUAUGAUCCACUCUGGUCUCAACAAAAAUGA